AUGACAACAAAUCCUCGGGAUGUUGAAGAGGCAACGGCGCCGGCGGCACCAGUAGUAACGCCGAGAAAUCCCCUUCCGCCAACGCCGGAUUCUUAUCGCCUCGGCGACGCAUCCUCUUCUGCUACCACGCCAACUAGACCGUCUCGUAAACGGGUCCAUUCGAUCGACGUGGAAGAGGCCAACCAGAUCCGGAUGCGAGACCUUCGACUCUACACUCCCAGCACCGCCAGAUCGACUACGACCGAGGGGCCGAGAGAGUUUAUAUGCCUCUGUACGAAGGCGCCUAAGGUUCCAAGACCACGCAACGCAUUCAUCCUCUAUCGACAACAUUAUCAAGGCCAAGUCGCAGCCAGGCAUCCCGGACUUGCCAAUCCAGAGAUUUCCAAACUUAUAGGCGAACAGUGGAGGGAGCAACCUGAGGAGGUAAAGAAUAGCUGGAAGCGGCUCGCUGAAGAGGAGAAGAUCCGUCAUCAGCGUCAGUAUCCUGACUAUAGGUACCAACCUCGGCGAGGAGGUAAGACAACUAGUGGGAGACCCAUCGCUGCAGCUGGCGAGGAUUCUGGGCAUUGCCCUAAGUGUGGCGGUCGGUAUAUCGCAACGCCGAGGACGCCUUCAACACCAUUCAGCGCCGCGGCCCCCCUACUGUCAGAUCCUGGCUCGUAUAUGUAUCCCUACACUACGCCCAACCCGCGGGUCAUUGAGACGGACCACCUACGACGUGGGUCUGCCUCGACCGCGACGUCAGUUGACGCACAUGGUCGAAGGUAUACGCAGGGGCCGCCGCAACACGUCGGCGAAGAGUCCCCCGCGACGUCUUCAGCGGCGGCGUCACCCGGGGGCACUGUGAAGCGACGGCGCUUCCACGGGCCUGAUAUUUACGUGCCUGGCCCACCUACAGGAGGCUAUAUCACGGCCGAUUCUCAUUACCACCCGCCUUCCUCAACGGCUGGCCCGCCGCCUCAUGUGGGAUACAUCACGGCCGGUCCACAUCCUGCAAGAUAUAUCACGGCUGAUUCUCGAUACUACCCGCCCGCCACAAUGGUUAGCCAGCCGCCUACAGGCCUAGUGACGACCGAAUUUCGAUACCACUCGCCCCCCUUACCGGCCGGCCAACAGGUCUCGGCUACUGGAUACGGAUCAAGUCCUCUCAGAGCGGCUGUCCCAUACAACAUGCCUAGUUAUACCAGUCAUCCAUACACGCGAUCACAUCCGCAGCCGCAGCCGCCGCCGCCGCCGCCGCCGGUAGCAGCAGCUCCGCGACCUUCAACGUCAUACCAACCUGUCCCCACAUCGGUUCGUUCUAGCUCUGGGUUUGAUGAAUCACUUAGAUUACCUCCACUGCAGACUCAAAUCACAAGCGUACCUGGGGAAAACUCGGAGGCAGGCAGUGCGCGCACUAUCUCUGACACUAGUACUCCUGGCCGCGGUGUUGGCUUGGGCAUCUCUCGUGGCCCUAGCGGAACACCAGGACCACCACCAAGCCAACAAGCCAGGUCGAUGAUUCUGCAUAGGCUCAACGUGUUGCACUCGAUUAGCCCACCACUGAAGCCCCCCAGCCCCGGAGGGCCACCGUUCGAAACGCGGGGACCCCUUAUUGCCAUCGAGGGCUCGAUCCCAUCUUUGCGCAAGACGGUAGCUUCUUUGGUGGAAAAGGUUCUCUCCGUCUCAGACGAAUAUGUCGUGAAGACAUGGGUCGAUGGGACUCCGGCUCAGUCAGUCGCGGGUGAGGCAAGCGGAAAGGGUAGCGACGAUAAUGAAAACCGAAAAGAGGUAGAGGCAGGUCUCGGGAAGCCAGCAGAAGUCGCCAAUCCGCUGGCAGGCUAUCUAGUCAGAAUGCUACGAUGGCAUAGGACCUCAGAAGAGCUGGUGAAAUAUAUCACGAGCCGCCCGCGACGCGGUACUGAGAACGGCGAGGGUGGAAAAGAUACCGAGUCCGGUGGAGGCUCGCCCUCGAGCCCGGAUGCCAGACUCCCGGUCGCGGUCAUGGCAGACGGGUACAGCUUGACCGUAUCAGAUAGAUACGUGGACAUGUUGCGCGUCGACGACACGUAUCAUCCGGAAGACCACUGGCAGUGGAUCGCAACACUGUGGCGCGGCAUCGUCGGAGCGGAUCUAACCAUCUACGUCGUCAAGGCGGAGGAGACGGAUGUCCAAGGCCAUAACUGCGUCAAUUUUGUCAACCAGGCAGUCGCGAUAGUGCAUCUGGUGGAGGGCAGAGGGAUGGACGAGAGGGUAGAGCGGCGCCUCGGCUUUGAGUUGAUCGAGUGGAUGCGUGCAGGGAGCUUCAAGGCCGGGUUCGAGAUACGUUGA